CUUCCUUGCCACUCACCUCACCUUGGCCAUCCCCAUCAUUGCAGCCGUCCUCUUCUUCUUUGUCAUCAGCUGCCUGCUGCAGACCAGCUUCAGAGACCCAGGUAUCCUGCCCAGAGCCACCCCCAGUGAGGCUGCAGACCUGGAAAAGCGGAUUGACAGCAUGGGCACCUCCACGUACCGCCCGCCCGCCCGCACGAUGGAAGUGGUCAUAAACAAGUACGUGGUGAAGCUCAAGUACUGCUACACCUGCAAGAUGUUCCGCCCUCCGCGUACCUCUCACUGCAGCGUCUGUGACAACUGUGUGGAGAGGUUUGAUCACCACUGCCCCUGGGUGGGCAACUGCGUGGGGAAGCGCAACUAUCGCUACUUCUAUGCCUUCAUCCUCUCCCUCUCCUUCCUGACAGCCUUCAUCUUCGCUUGUGUCGUCACCCACCUCACCCUGCGCUCUCAGAGAGAUGGAUUCCUCACCACUCUGAAGACAACACCUGCAAGUGUGCUGGAGCUGGUGAUUUGCUUUUUCUCAGUCUGGUCUAUUUUGGGCCUCUCAGGUUUUCACACUUAUUUAGUUGCCUCCAACCUGACGACAAACGAAGAUAUCAAAGGGUCCUGGUCAAAUAAGAGGGGCUCAGAGUUUGCCAAUCCCUACAGCCAUAAAAGUAUCCUCACAAACUGCUGUGCGGUGCUGUGUGGACCAUUCCAUCCCAGUUUGAUAGACAGAAGAGGAUUUAUCCAGCCAGAUAUCGGGACCCCGUCCAGUCCUAAGAGUGAAAUCCCAUCCUUUGGAGCCAAAGCUGACACCAGCAUGGUAGGAGGCAUUCCCUAA